UGUCUAGGUUAUUAUAUCGCUCAUUGAGUUCAUACAGUUAAUCGAAAAAGUUACUUUGCUCCUGAAAUCUGUUAUCAUUUUAGUUUGAUCCGAUCCUGAAUAAUGUCUGUCUUCCACAAUUUGACCUGCGCCACUGACUUUGACCGGGCAUCUCCCGUGUCGAUUACCAGUUCUUCAAAUGGAUCGGAAACAUUGAAUACAAGUUCAACAAAUCGACGGGGUAAGCGUAAACUGCGACAAUACUACAAACGCCAUAUUAAGCUACCUUUUUCUUACGUCGAGAUGAUCACUAUGGCCAUUAAAUCUUCGUCUUCUGACAAACUGACUCUUCGAGACAUCACAAACUUUAUUCAAGACAAGUUCCCUUGCUUUCGUGGCGAAUACGUCGGAUGGAAGAACAGUGUUAGACACAAUCUAUCUGCCAGUGAGUGCUUCACUAAAGUUCUACGAAAUCCCAGUCAACCGUAUGGUAAAAACAACUACUGGAUAAUGAAUGCAGAAUGUGAACAUUGCAAGAUAAAUAGUGAGAAAGAUGCUACCGGUGACCGACUACUGCCUGUAUACUGCACACCUAUCGUCGAUUCAAUUCCAACUCUGUCAUCAAAUGCUACCGAACCUGCCACAGACAACCCAACCAAACUACUCAAGCACCCUACAACUGAGAUGUCGCAUGGUACCAACAUCGCUGCACCAGAGGCACACUACGACGAUUGGUACUACGAUCAUUCAUACAAUUCUCGUCAAAGUUCCCGUCGACAUCAGCGCUAUCAUCCUUACACACCUCCGCAUAGUAACCACUGGCAACAAAAACGUCAUCCAACAGCACAAGGAACCAACGCCAUGGAUGAUCUGGCAAAUCUUGAGGAUCUGUAUGUGCCGGCGCAUGACAUCGAUUUCUCCAUGAUGUACAGCAAUUCGAAAACGCUCGUUAAGGAGCAGUCAGAAUGCCACGUGCCAUAUGCUACGAACUAUCCUACUGGUUUUCAAGGUUAUGAGACGCCCUACUAUCCAUAUAUGGACUACCAUCUACCAACUUCGUACCAGCUUCCACAAGACCAGUACGAUUGGCAGAGAGCGACACCAGUUGACAACAGGGUAGAUGACUACGUACAUCCAUAUACAUUCGAUUUCGCCCAACAAGUUUAUGAUGUUCCGUCAUUCCCAUCGUCACCUUCGUCAAUUCAUUCGUCUGAUUCCUCUUCAUCAUAUUCAGCUAUGUAGGUUCCUGCUUCUGUCAAAUGAAAUCUAGAAGUUAGAAUAUAGGCCUCUACUGCUUUAUCAUAAUUCUUAACAGUUUCCGUUAAAUUGUUUUGUAACAUCAGCCGUGAUUAUAGGGUAGACGAUACAUAUAGGCCUAAUACACAUACUUUUAUCAUUUCAGUCGAUGUGCAAUGUAUCUUAAUAUAUAUAGGCCUACUCCAUGUUUUAUUUAUAAGUAAGUGUGUAUAUAAUAUGGGUUACUCUUCACCCUAUUGUAUUUAUUGAGUAUUAAGUAACAUAGGCCUAUUUAAGAUUGAUGAGUAUAUUUUGGUAAAUAAAUACAGUUUUUUGAAAUAUA